CAAAUGGCAAAGACGGAUGUGCGUAGAUGUGAACAAUCCUGCUUCGGUUUAUUAACUCAUGACAACAACUAUGGCUGCCUCUUGCUCACUGGUGUGUUGUGGAGAAGAGACGGAUUCCGAUAAAGCAGUAAUAGUCAGAUUCUCCAAUGGCAGCGUCAAACAUGCAGAAAAACUUGAUUUUGCAAUGUACAAAAGCGCAGACGAGAACCACCCAAGGAAAAAGACCAGACGGAUAUUGGUUGCUGAAACUGACGGACUGUCCUAUGUGGGAGACAAUUUUGGAGCAGCGUCUAUGAAAUGCAACAGUCUUUGCAAGUAUUAUGUAGGAGUGCUGAACAAACAGACCAUGCAGAUGGAGUUGCACAGUGCUCAGCUUUUCAAUAUGCAACCUCUUAUUCCAGGAGAAACUGAGACAUCAACACCCCAGGAUACUACUUUGAGCUUCAGAGAUAAGGUUGACUCUUUGAUUGAAGCGUUUGGCACAAACAAACAGAAGAGAGCUCUGAGCUCCCGCAGACUGAACCAAGUGGGCAGUGAUACACUGCAUAAAGCAGUGUCUAAAGCUGCCAACAGUGUGAUUGAUGAGAAAGGUCUGGAGGUUCUACAGCAAGAAGUGGCUGAGACAGAGUCCCAGGGAGACCUUACUCUCCAUCUUCCACCCUACAAUGCCAAUGCAGAUAAACCUGAGAAUGUCUAUCAGUUUGACGAUCUUCUGACUCCUGUGGAGUUUGGGGCUUUGGAGCAAGCUGGUUCCAAGAUGGCCACACUGAGCCCUGAGGAGCUGCAGAAGAUGAGUGAUGCGGGAGGGUGUCUGACUGUCCUGAGCCAUUUACAAAACCUCCCAAGUGUAGGUGAAGCCAGAGAGAAAACAGCACGCUGCGCCUUUUACCUCUCUCUGCUCCUCAGACUGGCACGGCAGAAAAACAUGAACGGGAAGUUUGGGCAGGAAGAAGGCUGCCCUCGCAUUGUUCAGAGAAAACUCUUCAAAACAUUCACUGUGGAGACUUUCAACAAUGGCAGGGUCCAGAACAUGGUGUCCUCAUCAAUGCGAGCCAAACUGGCGGCACACUGCCUGGCUCUGCUGCUGCAUAUGGGGCACAUGACUGCUAACCUCACAUUACUGCACCGUGACCUGGGAAUCACAGAGGCCAGGAUGAUUGAAGUUGCCAAAUCGAUGGGACUGACACUAAGCAAGUUUAAAGGAAAAGGAGAAGAGGCUGCACUGGAAGACGACCACAGGCAUGCCUCUCUCAUUCUACCUCUGGUCAAAUAUGAACAGUUCAUGGAGAGACGAAAACGAAGGAAAAUGCGCUGAAGAUCAAAAGGAAGUAAAACGUGUACUAUGAAGAUUGGAAAUGUCACUAUGGACUGUUUAUUAAUGCAGACAAAUAAAGUGGUGAACUUG